CUUUAGGGUUCAGUCGCGAGCUGCUGCUGCUUCUUCCUCCUCCUCCUCCUUCCUCCUUCCUCCUUCCUCGUCGUCGUGGUGUCAGCCUGUUAGGGUUUUAAGCGAGGGUGCGGGAGCCGGAGCAGCAGCGAUGAGCAGGAGCCUGGGGAUCCCGGUGAAGCUGCUCCACGAGGCCUCGGGCCACAUCGUCACCGUCGAGCUCAAGAGCGGCGAGCUCUACCGGGGCAGCAUGCUCGAGUGCGAGGACAACUGGAAUUGCCAGCUCGAGAGCAUCACUUACACCGCCAAGGAUGGAAAAGUCUCACAGCUUGAGCAUGUAUUUAUUAGGGGGAGUAAAGUCAGGUUCAUGGUAAUACCAGACAUGCUGAAGAACGCUCCAAUGUUCAAGCGCCUGGAGUCCAGGAUCAAGGGUAAAAGCUCAGCACUGGGAGUUGGCAGGGGAAGAGCUGUUGCGAUGCGAGCUAGAGCUCAAGCUGCUGGAAGAGGAGCACCUCCGGGUAGAGGUGCUGUUCCACCUGUUCGGAGGUAAACGGCCGUCCAGACUCCAGACGGUCACCAGAUCUCGAUGUAGAGAUGAUGUGUCUUGGUUGCAAGCAAGAGUAAAUCCUUGUGUUCGAAAUACAUUUGGGUUGGGAUUUUAUCUUAAAGUAAGAGAGAUUUUGUAUUCAUGAGCUAUCUCUCUUGUUGAUCGAGCUUAUGGCUGGGCAUUUUCUGUUACUGAAUGUUAGGAUGGUGGUUGGACAGUCCCGGAGUGUAGUAGGGCCAGCUUAAAAUCAUUUUUCUUGGGCGACCAUGGAUUUACUUCUCUUUAACUGAAAUGAAUGAUCUGUGAUCUGUGCAAGUAGAACUAGAAUCUCUAGUCUUCCAUGAUUAUGAAGUUCAGCAAUUCAUUUC